AUGAUAAGAUGUGCACAUAAAUAUCCCUGUGUGGUCCACACCAAAUCACAUUCACCAACACAACAUCAACAGCGGCUCCUCGUCUUCUUCUGAGUUUAUUUCGCAAGUCAAGAACAAUGAAACGCAAUUCAGUUCUGCUUUUGCUGUUCCUUCUGGGGACGUGCUCGGCUUACACCUAUCAAAAUGUGGCCUUGCGUGGAAAAGCGACCCAGUCAGACCGUUAUGAGCACGUGUUUGGAGCUGCCGACGCUGCUAUUGAUGGAAACCGUGAAUCUGGUUUUCAUUCUGGAUCAUGCACCCACACUGAUGUACAGACCUACCCCUGGUGGAGAGUGGACCUGCUGGAGUCCUACAUCGUCACCUCCAUCAUCAUCACCAACAGAGGAGACUGCUGUGCAGAAAGGCUCAACGGGGCACUGAUUCACAUCGGCAACUCUUUGCAAGACCAUGGUUCCGCAAACCCAGUGGUUGGUGUAAUUCAUCAUAUUCCAGCAGGCAGGUCUUUAAAAUUGACUUUUACCAGACUUGUGGAGGGACGAUAUGUGACUGUGGUUCUACCUGGUCCAGGAAAAGUCCUUACACUCUGUGAAGUGGAAGUCUACGGGUACCAGGCCCCAACUGGAGAGAACCUAGCAAUCCAAGGGAAAGCCACACAGUCAUCAGUGAAUGCUGGAGGCAUUGCAUAUUAUGCCAUAGAUGGGAAUCGUGCCAGCAUCUGGAGCCAGAGUUCCUGUAGUGGCACACUUGAGGAGUUAAACCCCUGGUGGCGCCUGGACCUGGGCAAAACCCAUAAAAUAUUUUCUGUGAACAUAACCAACUACAACGAUCCUAAUUUGCAACUUGCUGGAGCCGAGAUUCGAAUUGGAGAUUCUCUUGAUAUCAACGGCAACAACAAUCCCAGGUGUGCUGUGAUCUCAAGCAUCUCUCCAGGUUUCACUGAAACCUUCCAGUGUAACGGGAUGGACGGUCGCUACGUUAACAUCGUCAUUCCUGGAAGAACCACUUACCUUGUCCUGUGUGAGGUGGAGGUGUAUGGCUCCAGACUGGAUUAAGCCUGCACUGUGACUCAGUACUUAGCACUGCUGCCUCUCCACUUCAUUCCCUGAGCAGGGUCUUUCUGUGUGGAGCUUGCAUGUUCUUCCCAUGUUUUCGUGGGUUUCCUAAGGGUACUCCAGUUUCCUCCCACCAUAAAGACAUGCAUGCUAAGUAAC